AUGUUAGUCUCGUUUUCACAUCUAUCUAUCUAUCUAUCUAUCUAUCUAUCUAAGCCCUUUCAAAUUUAUCUAUCUAUCUAUAUAUCUGUCAUUUUCACAUUUUCUAUCUAUCUAUCUAUAUAUAUAUCUAUCUAUCUAAGCCUUUCAAAUCUAUCUCUCUAUAUAUCUCAGUCUUUUCCAUAUCUAUCUAUCUAUCUAUCUAUCUAUCUAUCUAUCUAUCUUCACAUUUUCCGGAAUUUCACCAACGAGACUAACUUUUCAUAUCUAUCUAUCUCAGUCUGUCCAUAUGUAUAUCUAUCUAUCUAUCUAUCUAUCUAUCUAUCUAUCUAUCUAUCUCAGCCUGUUCAUAUCUAUCUCAGUCUGCUUAUAUCUAUCUAUCUAUCUAUCUAUCUAUCUAUCUAUCUAUCUAUCCCCAGUCUGUUCAUAUAUGUCUCAGUCUCUUCAUUGUCUGUCUCAAUCUGUUCAUAUCUAUCUAUUUAUCUAUCUCAGUCAGUUCAUAUCUAUCUAGCUAUUACCUAUCUGUUCAAAGGUAUCUAUCUAUAUUCAUAUCUAUCUAUCUCAGUCUGUUCAUAUCUAUCUGUUAGUCUAACUCUCCGUUUAUUUAAAAGAAAAGAAAAAAAUCCCCCCUGUCUCUGUCAUGAACUCGUAAUAUAUCGGUUAGCUCUUUCAUUAACGAAAAUCUUGGUCUGUCUGUCUAUCUAUCUAUCUAUCUAUCUAUCUAUCUAUCUAUCUAUCUAUCUGUCUGUCUGUCGGUAUAAAAUGGGGAAAAAAUCCCCCUUCUCUCUCUUUCAUAUAAUUCUUCUCUCUUAUUGCUCUUUCCUCACUUCCCUACUUUUCCUCCCUUGUUAUCUCAUGAAACCUCUCUCUCUCUCUCUCUCUGGUCGGUCUAUAUUUAAAAGAAAAAAUGUCCCUCUCUCUCUCUCUCUCUCUCUCUCUCUCUCUCUCUCUCUCUCUCUCUCUUUCAUACAACUCUUUCUUUUCUCUCUUAUUCGUCAUUCCAAUCCUACCCUUCACUUUCUCCUUUCCUACUUUGCCUUCCUUAUAAAGAAAAAAAUAUCCCCCCUCUCUCUUUUAUACAACCUUUCCUUCUCUCUUUUAUUCCUCAUUCCCCCCUUCACUACUUUCCCUUCUUUAUUGUCUCAUGAAGCCUAUCUAUCUAUCUAUCUAUCUAUCUAUCUAUCUAUCUUCUAUCUUACUGAUUGGAAAUAUGAAAUUUAA